AUGCCGCGUGCUGAGGCUGGGAGCACGAAAGCUAUCAGCAACAAGAUCAAAUCGAAAGGACUUGGGCGCUUACGAUGGUACUGUCAAGCAUGCGAGCGGCAAAUGCGCGAUGAGAAUGGCUUUAAAUGUCAUGUCCAGAGCGAAAGCCACGUUCGCCAGGUUUUACUCAUCGGCGAAGAUCCAAAGAAAUAUAUCGAAGAUUACAGUGAACAGUUCUUGAGUAACUUCAUUAACAUGCUCAAGACGACUCAUGGCGAGAAGAAAGUCCAUAUCAACCAGUUCUAUCAGCAGGUUAUUGCGGAUAAGCAUCAUAUCCACAUGAACGCUACUCGCUGGAAGAGUCUCACACAGUUUGCAGCACACCUAGGUCGAGAAGGAAUCUGCCGUGUCGAAGAAACAGAAAAGGGUCUCUUUGUUUCAUGGAUCGACAACAGUCCCGAGACGUUGAGGAAGCGCGAGGCCAUUCUGAAGAAGGAGCGCCAGGAUAAAGGUGACGAGGAGAGGGAGCAACGGCAGAUACAGGAACAGGUCGAGCGAGCGCAGCGGGCUGCGGAGAAGAGUAAACAGGCCGAGGCUGAAUUGGAUUAUAAAGCCAAUAUUUUGGAACGGAGGGAAGGACAGAAGCUUCAAUUGAAUAUUGGUCUCGGCUCCAAGGCAAAUGGGGAGACUAAACCGAAAUCAGAAUCUCCGGAUGCUGCGAAAGACAGUGUCGCUUCCCCUUCAAACGCUUCUCCCGCCCCGACACUUGCAUCUACUGUCCCGUCCGCUCAGCCAGGUGCCAAGUUGUCUCUCUCGCUGGGCGAGAAGAAGCCUAAGAAUGUCUUUGCUUCUGCUGUAAAGAAGAACCCGCUGGCGGGUAAAAAAGGAUCGGUCAUGGAGCCUCCCAAGAAGAUGACAGAGCAGGAGAGAAUUAUGAAGGCUGAAAUGGAAGCAAUGCAACGGAAACGCACGCAUGGGGGGUCUGGGUUCCCUGGCCCCAAGCGGCCGAAGGUUUCUUGA